GGAACACAUAAAAUUCAGUGACGGUGGACAUUGGACCACGGAAAUGCUAGCGGUGGCUCACCUGAGUGCAUUCAGACAGUAAAGGAAAGUUCCUCAGCAUAACACUUCAUUUUUCAUCCGUACGCCCUUCAAGACUUGUUUCAGGUGGAUUUCACUGGAUCAAGUUCAAGUUAUGGCUGACGCAGUUCCAAAGUCUGGGAAAGGUGGUUCCUGUCCAGAGUUAAGGAUUGUUUUAAUUGGGGGAAGAACAUUAAUAAAAGGAAGUAAAAGUUCUACUGGAAACUUGAUACUCGGUCAAAAUGUUUUUGACACCAGCAGUAGAACUGCUCAAAGUACAGCGAGACAGAGAGAGGUUCACGGCAGACUAGUGACUGUGGUUGAUACUCCAGGAUGGUGGUGGUACUAUCCACGAGAAGAAACUCCAGAACUGGACCAGAUAGAAAUCCAGAACAGUGUCCAUCUUUGUCCUCCAGGUCCUCACGUCUUUCUUCUGGUCAUUCCUGUUGAGUGGAAUUUUCCUCUGAUUGUCAAAUCAUCUCUGAAAGAACACUUGGAACUUUUUAAUGCAGAUGUGCUCAAACACACAAUUGUGCUGUUCACUGCAUUUUCCUCAUACAAAGAGGAAAACAUUCAACAUUAUAUCAAAGUAAACCCAUCAGUUCAGCAGAUUCUUCAACAAUGUGGAAACAGAAAACAUUUUCUUCAUAUCAGUGACAGCGCUGACAGAACCCAAGUCUUGGAGCUGUUCAGGAAAAUUGAAGAACUGGUUACAAACAACCUCAACAAUCCUUACUCAGUGGAUGAAACUCGAGGAACCAUUUUGACACAAAAACUUCAAAGUUUUGUAGAAAAUGCAUCAAGAAGACGCAACAAAGUGCAGAAAAAAAGACACCUGAUCAUUUAAAGUUGGUCUUAGUUGGUCCUCAGUGGUCAGGCAAGAGCUCAGCAGGAAAUAUUAUUCUAGGAAAAGAUGCAUUUGAUGUGAAUAAAAACUGGGAUGGUCCAAGAACAACACAAUGUGAAAUAGGUCGCGGUGUGUUUGCAGACAGACGACUUACAGUUGUAGAUUCUCCAGGCUGGUUUUACAGACACACCCUUCAGGACACUAGUGAGAUGGACAAACUAGAAAUAGAGAAUAGUUUGUAUAUGUGUCCUCCAGGACCACAUGCAGUUCUCCUUGUCAUUGAGCUUGUAACUGCAGUUAAUGCAAAGUACCAGAGAUCAGUUCAGGAUCACAUGAGUCUGUUUGGAGAUGAUGUUUGGAAGUACACAAUCAUUCUCUUUACAAGAGGAGACUUUCUUGGAGUGAAGACUGUAGAGGAGAGGAUAGAGAGUGAUGAAGGGCUGCAGUGGCUGGUGAACAAAUGUGAGAACAGAUACCAUGUCCUGAACAACCUGGAGCACAAUAAUAGAGAACAAGUAAAGGUUCUCCUGGAGAAGAUUGAGGAGAUGUGGGCUGAAAAUGAUGAUCCUUAUUAUGAAGUCGACCAGAGAAGAGCAGCAGAAAUGGAGACUCUGAGAGAGGAUGCAGACAAAAGAGCCAAAAAGAUGAAGAAGAUCAUUGAAAGACAGUCAAGAGUACUGAAAGAAAUCUUUAAAGGUGAAGUAAAAUCAUGAGUCUUCAUUGAUACAUUUAAAGAAUAUUUAAAGUUUGUGAUUAA